AUGUCGACACAGGACCGCCCCCCGUCGAGCCCCGCGCCCGGCGGCUCGCUCGAAGCGGACCUCGCUUAUUACAAGCAGCAGUAUGAGCAGCUCGAAGGCGAGCUGCAGGAGUUCCAGGCCUCCAGCCGCGAGCUGGAGUCGGAGUUGGAGAAGGACAUCGAGGCGUCGGAGAAGCGCGAGCGCCAACUGAAGGAGAAGCUGGAGGGCAUGGGCUUCGAGGUCGAGGAGUGGAAGGCAAAGUACAAGCAGUCCAAGACCGAGGCCAAUGGAGCGCAGAACGCUCUCCAGAAGGAGAUUACCACCCUCCGCGAGACCAACCGGUCGAUGCAGCUGCGCCUCCGCGACAUCGAGGUCGCCAACGAUGACUUCGAGCGCCAGGCCCGGAACCAGACCUCGUCACUGGAGGACCUCGAGCAAAAGUACAACAUCUCCAUCGAGCGCGGAGUCAUGUUCGAGGAGGAGAUCAAGGCAGGCGAACAGGAGCGUGAGGAGCUGCGGAUAGAGAACCAGCGGUUACGUGACGAGCUCGCCGACAUCUCCAUCGAAGCCGACAUCGUGAAGGAGAAACUUCGCAUCGCCGAAGACACCAUCUCCCGUCACCGCACCGAGAAGACUCACGCCCUGGUUACCGCCGACCACGGCCGGUCACGGUCGCCCGUGUCGGAGACGUCGACGUCGGCUACGACCGUAUCGUCGCCUACGACGUCCACACCGCCACCCACCAAGUCGAACCGCACCAGCGCCACGACUCCACCAUCCCCCAACUUUGCGGAGUUCAUGGAUCGCUCCAAGGAUAUGCGUGGCGUUCCGAUCCAGCGUACAGGCUCCAUCGCCUUCCACGACAACACGCCACGUCCCAGAGACUAUGGUGGCCCACAGCGCACGCGGCACAAUCGGGCCCCGUCGAUGCCGUGGACUUCGGCGAGUGGCCGCUCCUCACCCACAAGGGCACGCAGACCUACACAAGGCCAUUCGUACAAGCCUAGCCGUGAUGGAGCACUCCCUCGCUCGGGCUCGCUGUAUCAGAUUCGUGGGCUGAUUGGUAAGAUGCAGAAGCUCGAGGCUCGCGUCCACAACGUGCGCAGCAAGCUGCCUGCACCUACCAACACGCCUCCGCGCGCCAGCCCUCGCGGUGGCAGCGCUCAGAGCAACCACUCACACCAGCCCUCGAACACCACGGUCCGCUCAGCCGGCCGGCAACGGACUAGCGGAAGCACUAACAGCUCUCUCAAGGAUGGCGAGGACAACAGCACCACCGGCAUCUCGAGGCUGAACUUUGGUGCAUCCGUAGCCAAGACUGGCAGCAUCUCGGGUUUCAUGAGCGCUCCCAGCGACACGUUGAGUGCCAGCAGCCGGCCCACUAGCCGCGCCAGUGAGCUCAGUGGCGUCAGCAACGGCUACGGUCGCCCCGUCUCUCGUGGCAGCGGCCGGCCUCCGUCGCGCGGCAGCAAUCCAGGCCGCGGCACCCCGCUAGGCCACUUCUCCACGAAUAACACGACCGAAGCCCGCCGCCCUCGCACCAGCGCUGCCAACUCGAGUUUCUGGAACAACGACAAAUACGGCGCUCCCACUCGCACCAGGACACGCAACAGGGCCAACACGCGCUCCCAGUUCGACGACCUCGACGAGCCCGGAUCAGGUCCCAACGCCCACCGCGACAGGAUAGGAUCCAUUUCCACGCCUCUCACGCGCAGCAAGACGAACGACUUCAGUCGUAGCGUUGGCUCCAACGGUUCCGGUAUCCCGACGCCCGGCACCGGCAUUCCCACGCCCUCUGGUCUGCCCAGAAGAAAGAGUGUCUCGGCGCCCAAGAGCCGUAGGCCUAGCAUGGAUCAGGGUCCGGGUGCAGGCAUUCCGCCGGUCCCGCCGAUUUUGCAAAGGCCUGGCCACACCAGGCAAUUGAGCGAGGUCGGAGAGACGUGGUAG